AUGCCGGCUACGCCGACCAAUGUCGCUUCUUACGUUUCAUCGGUCGAGACAGCACCCUUGACCAUGCGUGCAUGGCAAGCAAGUCAACGCUAUUCACCCUACCCACAUAUGAACCAGCGCCUAAACUAUGUUCAAGUGGCCCCGAGAUAUAGUCCAUCGUCAGCAAUGCAUUGUCCCACGGUCCCAAGCAAUGUUGAAUACGGUUCAUAUGGAGGUUCAGCUCAAAAUGUUGACUGGACCAGAGGAUCUUACGCUGCACAAUAUCCCACGUAUGGCGAGGAAGAGGUGACCAGUCCUUAUUCAAACCUGCCGCCGCCAUACAUCCUCCCUCACACUGAUCCGAUGAAUGCACGCAAUGGAUAUUAUGGAAUUCCAAAUGGAGUGCGCCCACAGCCAGGUGCGAUAUGGCCAGAACAACAACAGGCAUUGAUACCACAAUCCUCUAACCUACCUGCCACUUCUUACACACAAUCAACGGAUGCUCCGCAGCAUUUCCAAUCCCUAGGCAUCGCAACAAAUCUUCCACCAGAUAGAAUCUUACCUGAUCCGAUCAGAGCUCCAAAUGAUAUGGCAGCGACAGCGCAGCCCACGGUAGACAGUCUGAAUGUUACGGAUCAAGAUCAGAGAACUUCUGCUUGUUGGAGCAAUGGCGUCUCAACAUCAUCCGCACAUGUUGUGUCUCAUGUUGAAUCCGAUUCAGGGCGCUGUCAGAGUAGCGACCAAAGAGCCACUUCAUACAGGAUGCAAGAACUUGCCUACGAUCACCUAACCAUGAGCGACGCACUCUCAAGCACACCUAUCUCGAGCGGCUUGACGACAGGUGUCAUUGAGCCUCAGCCACUUGCACCGAGCAUCACAACCCAAGGCCACCACUCUCAGCUAUCCAGUCAGAGAACCAUUUCACAUGAAAGCUUGAGAUCGACACCAGAAAUUCCGUCCGUGACAUAUGGUUACACAAGUGCGAUGGCUGGGCGUACCUCGCAGCUUAGUAGUACCUCAGAUCGAGUCUCUUCCGCACUGCUAUACUGCCACCCCCUUACGGUGGUGCCACGACGUGAAUCAGGCUCGGAAGACUGCAGCACCGACUGCAGCAGUUGCCCUACAGAUUCGACCAGAUGUUCCAUUACGUCGAUGAGUAAUGCUUCCUCCGGGUAUUAA